CGUACCUCCUCGCUUAUGACAAAACGAGAAUGGUCGGUUUUCGACGUUUCCGUGGACUGGGUUUAGGUUGGAGGACUGAUAUGGCUUAACCUACAAAAUAGCUUUUUGUUUAUGUAUGUGCAAAAUAUGUGCGUACGCAAAAGUGUAAGAGUUCUAGGACGUGAUGAGUGAGACUGGACGUGCUGUAAUUGCUAGAACUGCGCCCGGGACUUUUAUAAAUUUCGCCGUAAACCAUCUUUGUUGUGUUGCUAUUCAUACAAUCGAUAGCUGGUGGGGGUAUAACAUGUAGUUGAAAUGGAUUUACUUUUGCUAAGAGUCAUGUAAAAAUAGUUCGGAAAUGUUAUUGCAAAAACGUUUUUUAGUGUUGUUCUUUUCUCUUUAUCGGUGACCUAGGAACCAAGAGUCGGCAACGAAAAGCUAGCCCGCACAGCAAAAUGAAAUUUACAAGCCCAUGAUAACUAAAAGCAGGUAAACUCGAAAUCUCGAAAGUUUUUCUGCGAUCCGAGAUUUAUGUUGUCAUGUCAUCUCGGGAACUCCCAACAAACCAAUUGAAUGGAGAAAAACUUUAAAAUGUUAAAGAAGGGCAACAGACGCUGAAAUGAUAUUUCAGAAAAUAUAAUAUAUAUGUUUCUCAACAAAAUGAACACAAAAGUAGAAAAGCAAGUGAAUGGUAAUAAUGGUAUUAAAAGCCACCCAGGGAGUUCCAAAAACUCUCCAGUAAAAUCCAAUGAACAUCACAGCCAAUAUAAAGAAGAAACCUUUGAAUUUGAAAUACCACCAGAAGCACCAGUAUUUUACCCUACAGAAGAAGAAUUUCAAGAUCCUCUAGCUUAUAUUGCUAAAAUAAGGCCUAUCGCCGAAAAUACGGGCAUUUGUAAAAUUAAACCACCAUCACACUGGCAACCUCCAUUUGCUGUAGAUGUAGACAAAUUAAGAUUUACUCCUAGAAUACAAAGACUUAAUGAAUUAGAGGCAAAAACACGUGUAAAACUAAAUUUUCUAGAUCAAAUAGCAAAGUUCUGGGAACUGCAAGGCUCUUCACUCAAGAUACCUAUGGUAGAAAGGAGAGCCUUAGACUUAUAUACAUUACAUAGGAUUGUACAACUUGAAGGUGGUUUUGAAAAUGUAACAAAAGAAAGAAAGUGGUCCAAAAUAUCACACAGGAUGGGUUACCAAGUGGGCAAAAGUGUUGGAACAAUACUUAAAACACAUUAUGAGAGACUUUUAUAUCCCUAUGAUGUCUUCAAAGCUGGAAAGUCAGUUGAUGUUAAACAGCCCGAUCGUCACGAUACAGAGAAAACCGAUAAAGACUAUAAACCACAUGGCAUUGCAAGCAGGAUGCAAAUCAAACCUCCGCCUGAAAGAAAUGCUAGACGUUCAAAGAGAUUUGAAGCAAAUGAUGAGAACCUUACACUAAAAGUGAAAGAAGAAAAACCAGAUCUGGAUGACGAAUCAGGAAACAAAGAGCUAAGGCGGUUGCAGUUUUACGGAGCUGGUCCCAAAAUGGCUGGUUACGAUGAGAAAAAGGACGUCAGACCUAGGAAUAAGCAGUGCAAAUUCGAUUUUGACCCGCUGGCCAAAUACGUAUGCCACAAUUGCAACCGAGGAGACGCAGAGGAAUACAUGUUGCUUUGUGAUGGUUGUGAUGACAGCUAUCACACAUUUUGUCUUAUGCCUCCUUUGAGUGAGAUACCUAAAGGAGACUGGCGAUGCCCAAAAUGUGUCGCUGAAGAAGUAUCGAAGCCGAUGGAAGCUUUUGGGUUUGAACAAGCUCAGCGCGAAUACACCUUACAGCAGUUUGGCGAGAUGGCGGAUCAAUUCAAAUCCGAGUAUUUCAAUAUGCCUGUACAUAUGGUUCCAACUGGCACAGUCGAGCGAGAAUUCUGGCGGAUAGUAUCUUCAAUAGACGAAGAUGUUACAGUUGAAUACGGAGCUGACUUACACACUAUGGAUCACGGGUCUGGAUUUCCCACAAAAUCGUCGUCGAAUUUGUUCGCAGGCGAUAAGGAAUACGCAGAGUCCAGCUGGAAUCUUAACAACCUACCUAUACUUGAGGGCUCUGUCCUGGGAUACAUCAACGCUGACAUCUCCGGAAUGAAGGUUCCCUGGAUGUACGUGGGAAUGUGCUUCGCUACUUUUUGUUGGCACAAUGAAGACCACUGGAGUUACUCGAUCAACUACCUCCAUUGGGGCGAAGCCAAAACUUGGUAUGGAGUACCUGGCAGCAAGGCAGAGGCUUUCGAGGAAACAAUGAAAUCAGCUGCUCCAGAAUUGUUUCACUCUCAACCAGAUCUGUUGCACCAAUUGGUUACCAUCAUGAACCCCAACAUUCUCAUGAACGCUGGUGUUCCCGUGUACAGGACAGACCAACAUGCUGGCGAGUUCGUGGUGACAUUUCCGAGGGCUUACCAUGCUGGGUUCAACCAGGGGUACAAUUUUGCGGAGGCUGUUAACUUCGCUCCCGCAGAUUGGUUGAGAAUGGGACGAGAAUGCGUCCUGCACUAUUCUCAUCUGAGGCGAUUUUGCGUAUUUUCUCACGAUGAGCUUGUAUGCAAAAUGGCGUUAGAUCGCGAAAAAUUAGACCUCACCAUCGCUGCUGCCACAUACCAAGAUAUGUUGGUCAUGGUUGACACCGAGAAGAAAUUAAGGAAAACCCUGUUAGACUGGGGUGUCACCAACGCGGAAAGAGAAGCAUUCGAGCUUCUACCAGACGAUGAACGUCAAUGCGAAGUAUGCAAAACGACCUGUUUCUUGUCAGCCAUGACCUGCAAAUGUUCUACAGACGUCUUGGUUUGCCUGCGGCACUACAAGAACCUUUGCGAAUGCCCGCCAGCAAGUAGAACCUUGAGAUAUCGCUACACCUUGGACGAACUGCCCGUCAUGCUUAAAGCUUUAAAGUUGAAAGCCGAGUCUUUCGACCAUUGGGUAGCUAGAGUCAAAGACGCUUUAGAUCCGAAAACUCCAAAAACCCUCAAUCUGUCAGACCUGAAGGCUCUGUUGAGCGAAGCUGACGGUAAAAAAUUCCCGAAGUGUGAUCUACUCCAAACAUUGACCAGUGCUGUAGUUGAUGCUGAGAAAUGCGCUAGUGUCAUACACCAACUCGACUUGAACAAGAUGCGCACUAGGACCAGAAACUCGAAUGAUACGAAAUACAAGUUGACGGUCGAAGAGUUGACGUUAUUCUGUGAGGAAAUAGAUAGUUUGGCAUGCAUUUUGGAAGAAGCCAAAAGUAUAAGAGAACUCCUAGCUGAAACGAGAAAGUUUGAAGAAAAUAGCGAGCACUUGUUGAGACGGUCAGCUAAGGAAUGUCCUAUUGCUGAGCUAGAAGCUUGUAGCUCUCACGGAAAUGGUCUAUGCAUCGAGCUUCCAAAUUUGAAGAGAAUCACGAAUAGGCUGAAGCAAUGCCAGUGGCUGAAAACUGUGGACACUUAUAGAAAUAAAUCUGAUGUUAUGGGACUUGAUUCAAUUAAAAACCUCAUACAGGACGGAAUGUGUGUAAUCCCGCAUCCAGACGUAGAAUAUGAACUAUCUCAGUUGCAGGGCGUACUCCAGGCAAGUGAAGAAUGGGAACAACAAGCCGCCCAGGUCUUGGAGUCCAAAGACAACAAUGUUCUCAUUCAGGUAGAUAAGCUCUUGAAGGAAGCUUCAAAAAUAUCAUGUUUCCUUCCAACCGAAAGUCUUUUGUUCGAUUCGAUGAAAAAAGCAAGAGACUGGCUAAGACUACUUGAAGAAAUGAACUCGGCUGAGUACUAUCCAUACUUCAGUGCCAUGGAGGAGCUCAUCAAAAAAGGCAGGAACCUAGCUCUACACUUGGUAGAAGUAGACAGAAUGAACGAUUAUUUGGUUUCGGCAACCAACUGGAAGGAAAAAACUUGUAGGUCAUUUUUGAAGAAAAAUUCUUGUUGUACCUUAAUGGAGGCACUCUCGCCGAGGAUAGCGAUGCCGAAUUCAACAAAACCUAAAAAAGGUAGGAACGCUGAAGAAGAAACUUGCAUACAGUUGAGCAACACUAUGGACCCAGCUGCUGUGGUAGCAGUUUUCAAAGAUGCCGAAGAUACGGAAAUGGCGCUGAUAAAAAAGAUUCGAAGUAUGAACCUCGCAAAAAGCUUGGAUCCGGCAGAUAACUGUACAUUCUGUGUAUGCGGAAGAGGCAUGUUCGGACUGAUGAUGCAAUGUGAGCUUUGCAAGGACUGGUUCCACUCUAGUUGUACCCAAUUGCCCAAGGUAGCAACUACAAAGUAUAAAGGAAAUUUCACGAAUAUUGCAUUGCACUUAGGGUUUAAAGAUUGUAAAUUCCUGUGUCCCAAUUGCCAACGUACGAAACGUCCAAGGUUAGACGUCAUUUUAGGCCUUCUAAUGUCCCUACAAAAACUGUACGUACGAGUGCCUGAGGGUGAGGCCUUGCAAUGCCUUACAGAAAGAGCAAUGAACUGGCAAGACCGAGCCAGGCAGCUGUUAUUGAAUCCCGAAUUAGAACUUGCCAAGAACAAACUGACUAUUUUCAGCCAGAAGUAUAACGAAGCAGCAGCUAGGCAGAGAACUGAGAAAAUAAUAUCGACUGAAUUGAAAAGGGCAUCGAAAAACCCUGAAUUGCACCAAAGAGUACAAGAGAUAACACCCUACAGUGGUGUUAAUGACGAGAAUGUGUCUACUGCAGAUAGCGGAAUAAAUGACUCAGACGAAAAUUCUAUAGAUGAUGACAGAAUGGGAGAGCACGCGUACUCUCUUCAUUUACCCAGGUUUGGAGAUGAUGAUUAUGUCCUUCACAUCAAUCCCGAGAUAAAGAAGCAACUGGAGGAGCUUCUGAUUGAAGGUGACUUACUGGAGGUGUACCUCGACGAGACAUUUGCCCUGUGGAAGCUUAUGCAGGCUUCAAGGGAUCCCGACAAGGAGUCUAUACUUAUCGACUUAGAUGCGAACCAAAAGAAUAAUGCUCCGAAAAAAAGAGGCAGAAAGCGACUGUCAGAAGAGACGGAUAUGAAGAAAGUUAAUAAGACCGUCAAGGUGGAAAAUAAGACAAUGCGUGGUCGGAAACUAAAUGGUGUCAAGGAGAUCAAGAAACGAGGCAAGCGAAGAGUGCGAAGAGCCCAAUCGACCGCGUCUGACAGUGAUGAUGAAGACGACGAUGAAAGCUGUGCAGCAAAUGGUUGCCAGAAGCCUACUGGCCAAAACGUGGACUGGGUGCAGUGUGAUGGUGGUUGUGAACAGUGGUUCCACAUGGCAUGUGUCGGUCUAUCAGCCGAGGACAUCAACGAGGACGAGGACUAUAUUUGUAGUACUUGUUCGCGAAGCACAACCUUUGACAGUCUCGACAGCAGGUCGAGCAGUCCAAGGUCGCCAGAUUCAACACAACCUUCUACGUCUAAGGACAAUUCAUAGUGUAACGGUAAUUAAAGUAUGCGGCACGGAAUGGAGUAUUUUAGUAUAGCGAUUACAGUCAAUAUGGAACAAGGUAGGUUCAACCUGACUUCGCCCAGUGAAAUGUGCUGGUAACUCUAUGAGGGAAUGUCCAACUGCCUUGCCAAAAUAUUAGCUCAAGAUUUGGAUGCUGGAAAAUGAAUUUGUGAAGAAACUAUUUUAUCGAAAAAGCAUGGUUCUACUACAUCUGCACAUUGUGAUAUACGAAUGCAUGUAUAGAAUGAGGUUUUACAGAAUCCCAGCAACUUUCUGCCGUUGUCGUUCCCGAUUCAACCAAUUAAAGAAAGAAACGAUCAGUAUGUAAGUAUAGUCAUCUUUUUAUUGGUUAGGUUCAUUAUACAUAGUUUUUAUUUUGGUAUUAUUUCCCUGAGGUUCGUAUCACAGUAUGUAUGUGUGGGUAUGCUUAAAUGUGAUCUUGUAAUUUUGCUACCUUUUGAAGAAUUUCACCAACUUUUCUUACAAUCUAUUCGUGAAUCUAUUUGAUUGCGUAAAGCGGCUUAUUAGGGCUCGCGCUGACAGAAAGCGUUCCACGUUCUUUGUAACUAAUAGAUCUCUAUAGAGUCGCACAGACCGAGGGGCAGCCAGACCGCGCCGGUCACUGUGAACGCUCGCGUUUUUGCUAUUGUUAGAGAUGCAAAAAACUCGUGGAACGCCUCGUUCGCAAGAUGGCUUCCAUAGAAAAAUUAAUUGUUUUAGUAAGGGAAAGGCGUUUCUUAUAUAAUCGCGGAUUAUAAAAAUAGUUUUAAAAAGAUGCAGCAUGGUUUGAAAUAGCCACAGAAAUGGGAAAAUACUGCCAAUCUUUUUUUUGUAGAUAUAGCCUUUCUCCGGUUGGUAUCUUGUUUCUCUACUCCCUUUUUUUAUAAUCAUGCAAUUCAUUAAAAGUACUAUGUGACAUUCGGAAGUAAAUAAAAAUAACACUGAUCUCUCCUUUUCCAUCUCUCUCACAAUUAAUCGGGUGCACUCAGUAUCUUUUUUCUUAUUAGGCUCUUAUGACGAGCUAUCGAAAUACAUGUUUCACCUACAAGUAAUCUUCGUAAAGUGGAACCCAGUGUUGGUAACUGCCUCCUGUCUGUGUUAGAACUCCUAAGAGGAAUUGAACGACGAACGCGGCUUGAACGCUGAACGCUUGUCUGUAUGCGCGAGCCCUUAGGAUGCUCGGAAUUUCGCUGACUAAGCCGAUGCACUGUUGCCAAAAUUUUUAGCUGACCAGUGGUUCUCCUACAUUUCAACAAAAACUAUGACUUUAUUUGAUGCCAAGAAUUUAGAAUGUGAUUCAAAUUUUGAGCUAACGUAAGUAAGUGUGAAUGAAAAAGGAGAUUUUGAAGAUCAGAUAAUAAUAAGUAUUUUUUUCUUGAAUCUCGAUAACGAAAAGUUGAAUAUUUUUAUACUAAAUUUAUUUGAUAACUGACAUCCAAAUAGUCAAUUCGGCCUGAAACCAUCAUGGCAUGGAGAUUGUGCAAGUACCACAAACGUUUUAACGAGAUUGAUAUCCGGGGUUGCGGUGGAGUUUUGAGUUGUGCAGGAACCAUUCAAAAAUUACUAUUGUAUGUUAAUUUUCAUAUAAAUGUAUUAUGAAAAAAUGCAUCUUUUCAGUAUCGAGAUUAAAGAAGAAACGGGGUGUGCCAAUAGCAGGUUCAUGAAUUUAGUUGUUUUUCUUUUGUUCAUUUUUUGAUGGCGCAUGUUGGGCAUUCCGUCAUGGUUGAAAGUAUAAUUGUUAUUCUGUUAAAUAUGUGUGAUGAUUUAAAAAAUAUCAUGAAUAGACCAACAGAUGUACUCUUAUUUGUCUCAUGUGGGAGAAAGACGAUGUCUGUCAGUGCACCUCCCUCAUCCAAAUGUUCUCAAGCUAUUGACAUUUGUUGAAGCAACAUAUUUAUCCAAAAAUAAUGGUACAUUAGUUAAUCUUUAUACAAAUCUGGAAAAGUUGUUUACUGUUAGCUAUUAUCUAGUAUAAAAUGGAGACAUAUAAACUAUCGACUCGAAAACUGGAUGAAGAAUUUGCAACUAAUGAACUUCAGCUGUUUGGACUGACGUGCUAUAAAUGUCUGGUAAGUCUGGUCAAGCUUUAAAAUAUAUUAUCUAGUCCUAAGGACUCUAUUUAUGCCAUUGGUAAUACAGUCCACAGUAAAUGGAAAUCUGUAAAGUCUAUCAAUAAACCCAUGAAAAGCCGUGAUUCAACCGUUCAACCGAAUUCCUUUUUUAGGCAUGUUUUCUACAUCCUUAGGUAAUAGCUAACGGUGAAAUUUCACCAGCACUACGUCAUUGUUCAUUGUUAUAUUUUGUAUUUAUUUAAGAAAUUAUAGUUUAUAUUUAUUUAUCUCGACGCCUAUUUUUUUUUCUUCGAUCUGUAUAUAUUAUGUACACGAACGUUUUGUACUUUCGAUGUAAUCCACAUAUUUAAUGGGUAAGUUUACACGAAAGGGGAAGAUGUAAAAAUUAUUUUCAAAGAAAUGUCUUUCAGUUUUUCGUUCAAUAUAUUUCGUUGUACUACUAAAUACCUGAACACCCCGGAAUCUUGGUAACCACACUUUUUUUCUGGAAAAAAGGUUCUGAAAAUAAUUUCAAUAUAUUAAAAAAUAAAUUUGUCAAUGAUGACCUCGUUUUCAAUUCAAAUUGGAAGCUCAAGAAUGUACAUUUUCAUGCUUGAGGUCAAGUGGUCAUAAGUGAUUCAACCAGCAUGUUCUACUGUAACGUCUGAAAAACGAAAUAUCCUAAAACUUUUCUUGCCAUGUUGCCAAGUUUUGGGGGCUUGUGUAUUUAAUAGACACCCUGUAUAUGUAUAUAUGUAUUAACUCCAAUUACCAUGUUCUUAAAAUACCUGCAGGAUAUUUAUUUGAAAAGUUCAUAUACCAAUGAAGAUUCAUCUGUGUAUAUGGCUUAAUCAUUUUUUUUAACUUGGUCAUUGAAGUUUGUAUGUAUACAUUGUUAGCAUGGUUUACAUUUAUUUAUUGCUUUACAAACGCAAAUCAACCAACGUCUGUUACGAUACGAUGAAUUUAUAGCUUUGUUACGGAUACAUUGCAGGAAUUUCUUCAAAUGAAGUGUCAUGGAACAUUCGCCAUACCACAGACGAAUAAUACUCAAAUAGGUAAAUUCUGAAUACAUAUUUUUGCUGUCUUUGCAUAGAAAAAAUUCAGAGUUUAAAACAGCUUCACAUUCUGGUUCCUAAUAUAUCUCAUGACAUUUCAUCAAUUAUAUUUAUAUGCAUCUCUAACUUUUUUUUAUACCGGGUGUCAACGAAAUCGUUUUACAAGCCACUAUUCACUUGCUGUUUACAGAAGAACCUUGAAAUUUUGAGUGAAGAUGUGACAUAGAAACUUGAAAAUCAUCUUUCGUUGACACCCGGUAUACGUGCCCUUUAUGCUAAUUUGCUAGUCAUAUAUACAAUGUCCGCAUUUUUAUUAUAUAUCGUUGAGUGUAGGCUAGAGCCAUCCAUCCAAGAAGAGUUACUGAUAUUCACAUUCUUUAGUUAUGUUUCCUAUAUACGAAUACCACACAACUGGAGCAUCAAAUUGAGUCUAAUUGGCAACACUGCUCUGUACUACCCAGUGGCGGACUAAGCCUGUCGGAGGCUACAAGAUUUCACAUACCUUAUAAUAACAAGUGAAAUAUUUUUCAUUGUGACAUGACUAAAAACGAAAAGGUUAACAAAUGACUAUUUUUUUCAAAAAUCAUCCAUCCUCAGCACCAGUACGUAACAUUAUCUUCCAAUGAAUACACGUACGUAGGCAUCCUAUUUCCCAAUACAGUGGACACGCGUCUAACACCAUCUAAAGCUUCGACUUCGUCAGAUCUGCAUUGAUCACCUGACCCGAAAUUUCCGUUUUCGUCACAUGUACAUUUCUGGCAUAUUUCGCAUUGUACAACUGAGAACGCUACGUUCCUAAAAACUUCCUUCACACUUCAUCGAACUUUUUGUUUUAUACAAUCAAAUCUAACCCAAAUUAGCGCCAACCAUUAUGACCUUCUAUUUUUUCUAAAUAUGCGAUCACUGGUUUAUAAUCUACACUCACAAAUUGACGAAGACGAAAAAAAUAUGAAUGUAGUUUUUGUUAGACAAUCUAUUUUUUACAUAAUUGAAUUUUUCGUAAUUUGGGGACCUCCUUAGUCCGCCACUGGCGCUGCCCCUCCAGUGGUGUGUGAUUCGUUAAAACAGGGGCCGGAAAUUGUCUUUUCUAGCCCAGUCAUUUACUUUUCCUUUGAAUGUAUCUACGCUUUGGUUUUUAUUUUGUCGUUUAUCAGUGACUCUACUUUAUAUGAAGCAACCAAUGUUUUACUUGGGUCAGUAUAAUCUGAUUUUGGCAGUUCAUUUGGACCCACUGUUCAGACAGUAGGUUUAAACGUACAGUUUUCAUUUCUGGAUUUUCCCUUGCCAGUGAAGGAUAUUUCCAAAACAUGGGGAAGAAAGUCCUGUGGUGAUGAAUAGUAUUAUUCUCUUUGACAACUUACUCUACUAGAGCCUUGACCUUUUUACAACUGGAUAUAGAACCACAACUAAGUUCUUAAACCAUUUGAUUUGAGCAAAUUAGAAAAACUUCAAUAGGUUCAAUAAACAUUUUAGUUUCCAAAAAAAUGUUAACUCUGCUUCUAAUCCAUGCGGUUCUUCGAGAACAAAAUAGCACUAGUAAGAGCUAACUUUUGCCCAUUGUUUAGGAAACACUCUUACAACUAUCAACGUGUUUAUUGUGUAAUAUUGUCGAAAUCAGCGUAUAUUCGACCCGAGCUUAAGAUUUGUACCCAUUAUUCUAUUGUAAUGAGUUAAUUUAUAUAUAUUAUGCCCUUUGUAAUAAUCUUUUACAUACUUCCUUGUGCCCUUUUGAAACGGUCGGUUGUUUUUAUUGACUGUAUUAUAUUAUGUACGCAGUUCAGUUGUGAUAAUUUAAAGGAUAAGUGAUGUAAAAUAUUUUUAUGUAUCACUAUAUGUAUAUUUUUUCUUCUAGAAUAUUAUUUAUCCGCAAUUCAUUUUCAUUGUAAAUAAUACCAAAUCAUUAAAAUAAGUUAUAGGUGAAAAAUUAUAGUCUUAAGAUAUUUAACUGACAAAUUUAAAAUAUUUUUACAUUCUUCCAUAACUUUCCAGUCUUGCCAUCGUAGAAUGCUAUUUUAGAAACUUUUUUUUUUGAAUAAAUAUUGUGUUGUAUUUUUGUAUUUUGUGGUUUUCGAAGCUGCCAGAUUGUUCUAUUUGCUUCUAAUUUUCAUUCCAACAACUGAUUCCUGGCCAACUAGGGAAAUAUACCACAGAACUUAGGACUGAAAAUUUCAUUUAAAUGUAAAAACAAAAGUAAUCACUCGUUUCAUUUUUUCAUAAAAAAGGAAUAUUGACACACAAUUUCAGAGCUGUACUUUUUAUAUUUGUUAACAAGUUAUUGAAGAAACAAUGCACAAAAAUGCAUUUUUUGACUGAAAACAUGAAAACAUUGUGUUUUAGUCAUCUCUAUACACAUUAGGAAAUUAUCAGAUGAAAAGGAGACAUUACCGCUGUCUACGAUAUGUAAACAAAAACCACAAAACGCAAAAUUUUCAAUAGAACCAGUGUUGAAACCUUCCAGCAUCAUGAAAUUUUCUAUUUGUCAGUUACGUAGUUUGAGAGUAAGUGCACGCAUUUUCAGGCCACAUGCAGUAUAUGUAGUUUCUCAGCAGAUGCAGACAAGAAAAUAACUGUUAUAUUUCAAUGUCUUAAUGUCAAAAUCUGGAUGUUCUUGUCUUAUUCUGUGUUUGAGAACACUAAGGUUAACAUUUUGGGCAUAGAGAUAACCAAAUUUUACUUUCAAAGUUACAGUAAAGAGGAAUAGUCGGUGACAUAGUUUUGCUUUAAUACAAUAGAUUUUUAGUUUUAUGUGGUAUAUUUUUUUUUGAAAAUAGUUGUGCAAAAUACUUGUAAGAAAAUUUUAUACAAAGGAAAAAUCUGUAAGUGCUUGGGCGGUAUUGCGACACGUAGUUCCGCCUGUUGAAAAUUCAUACUUAGUCAGAUAUGUUGUGUUCAACUGUUAGUAGUUCAGGACUGGUAAAUUAGGUAAACUUUUUGUGAACACGUGGUACAGAAUUCUUUAUGACGAAAAUCAGGUUCAAAUAUAUGGAUGAUAAUGUUUAAUUGAGUACAGGGUGGUCCAUCUAUGUGUGGACUGAAUAUUACUCAUAAACAAAUACAUUUUGGGAAAAUCGAUGUAUGGCAUGUUAUACAUGACAUUUGAGGGCACAUUUCUAAAAUAUUGGCAAUUAUACAGGGUGUCCCAAUUUUGACAUACAUAUCAAAGUUCAAAAGAAGAAGAUUGACAUAACAUACUAUGGGGUUUUGGUAAUUAGCUACUAAGAUGUAAGGUGUGUUGUCCAGGAAAACGGUCCAGUAAUAUUUGAGGCAUUCUAUUUGAUAAAUCACAAUUUUGAUAUGUUGGUCCAAAUUGGGACACCUUGUAUAAUGGCCAAUAUUUUAGAAAUGUGCUCUCAAAUGUCAUGUAUAACAUCGCAUAAAUAGAUUUUUUCCAAAAUGUAUUUGUUUAUGGCUAAUAUUCCGACCACACAUGGACCCUAUAUAUUUUAAGCCGCGUACAGACCGAAAAUCCAACGCCAAGCAAACGAAUGCAAGCACAUGUGACGUUAUUGGAAUGCGCUCGCGCUCGAUAAAUUUAGUUUCGAGUUGGUCCGCGUCGAGUUAAAUUUGGUGAUAAUGUCGAGCGAUGAGGACGAUUAUGUAAUAUCCAAGAAAAAUAAGAAACGGCCUAGGCGUUGGUGAGUAACAACACCAUUUAAAAAUAGGACCUAUUGUCUUCUUUGACAAUUCAAAAUGCUUAUUCAUCAGUCCACUCCAUAUUUUUCAAACAGCAAUCCCAGAAGCGCAACAAAUCCUGUCCAGACUAAAUCAAACCUCCCUUUGAUGUCCCGAUCAAGGAGCGAACGCAAUCGAACGCCAACGCCGACGUUGGAAACUGUUGGCUUAUUCUAAAUUCUAACGCAAACCAAAGCACAUGCAAUGUUUGUCUGCAUUCGAUGAGAAGAGACUCGUCGUUCGACAUUAGCACCGAACCUAACCCAAUACCUUCCAACAACAAACGCCAAUGUCACAUGGAUUUUCGGUCUGUACGCGGCUUAACCACAUGUGCCUUGGCGUGCGUACCAAUUGAAGCAACAAAAAAACCUUAAGCUGCAAAAAGGUGUAGAAUCAAUUUCGCACAAGUGGUACAGCAGAGCAUAAGAAGUGCUGAGCAGCGAAAAAACCUGGAGCAGCAAAAAAGGUGUGAAAUCAUCUUCAGAUAAGUGGUACAGUAGAGAAAAAAAAACUGCUGACUGUCGACCAACUGAAUCGUGGCGAUGACUGUAGCAUUCACGUGAAACAACGAAAGCGAGUAUUUUGAUGGUCAGGACACGCGCUGUUGCUUUACUUGCUCUUAUCUAUAUUGGAUUUCACACCUUUUUGCGGCUCCGGGUUUUUUCGCUGUUUUUGUUACCAUUAGAUCUGUAUAACAGAUAUUAAUAGCUCAUAAAUGAGAUGAGAGUUUUUGCCAAUUUACAUGAAUAAAGAAUAAGAUAUGAGGUUGAAAGGUUACACGAAGGAAACGUUAUCUUUCGAGAGCCGGAUUUUUGAAAAUAAUAUUGAUGACAAGUCACUGCAAAAUAUCAACUAAAUUUUAUCUACUUACCAAGAUCUUGGCGCUGGGUUUACUUGGAAUAUC